AUGGCUAAUGUCGUUGUUUUGUCCUUAAUCAUCCUCCUCUCCAGCUUUCUCAUUCUUCCAGCUAUCGCAAAUCCCCGAAUCGAGCUCGUCUAUAAAUUCUGCGGUGUAGAUCAUGCAGACAAUGUUUCAGAAUUCAAUGAAAACUACGCUAAUGCAAUCGUAGCCAUGGAAUCUGACAUGAAAGCCAAUAAAUUUUCCAUUUAUGGAGAAGGGUUGUCUCCGAAUAGAAUUUACGUGUUGGCUCAAUGCAUGGAUGAUCUUUCCAAGGAAGAUUGUGAUAUUUGUUUUUCCACCAUUAAAACACAAUUGCCUGGUUGUUUUCCUCAUAGUAGUGGUCGUGUUUUUUUCGAUGGUUGCUUCAUGAGAUUCGAGAAUUAUAGCUUUUUUUAUGAAUCUUCUUCUCCUCAUGAUGUCAAAAGAUGCAGUGAUGCAGUGAACUUGAAGAAUGAUCAAUUUAGGGAUUUGACAACCAAAGUCGUUAAGGAUGUGGUUAACAUGGCCCCAAUUCAUGGUGGCUAUGCGGAAGGACGAAGGAAUGCACAUGGUUUGUCAGUUUAUGGCAUGGCUAACUGCUGGAAUACUUUGGACGAAAAAUCAUGUGCUGAUUGCCUAUUAAACGCAAGCACAGCUGUUCUUAAUUGUUUGCCAUCCAUUGAGGCACGCUCCCUUAGCGUCGGCUGCUAUUUUCGUUACUCAGAGUAUGAAUCUAGCGAUGGUUCUAAUUUCUUACGUAAUACUAAAGGAGCUAUUUUCAUGUACCUUGCAUUUAUUCUUGUUGCUGUUGGUGUAUGCAUAGUCGCUAUUCUGGUUGGAUAUAUUGUGGGGACAACUCUACAUGAAAAACGAGUGAAACAUCAGACGAAACAUAAUGGUAAUUCAUCGGAUCUUGAGUCAUCAGUUAUGAAGAGGAGCCUGCAUUUCAAAUAUUCAACACUAGAGAAAUCCACAGACAACUUCAGUGAAGAACGCAAGAUUGGCCAAGGUGGAUUUGGUGAAGUCUUUAAAGGGACUUUGCCAGAUGGUAGAGAAAUUGCUAUCAAGCGGAUGUUUUUAACUACAAAAAUUCGGAAUGAAGAGAUAUCCAAUGAAAUAGACGUUAUCGGGGAAGCCCAACACCAGAAUUUGGUUCGCUUCCUUGGUUGUUGUUUCACUGAUGAUGACAGCUUUCUUGUCUAUGAGUAUCUGGAAAAUAAAAGCCUUGAUCUUAUCUUAUUUGAUCCAAAGAAGAAGGAAGAAUUGGAUUGGAAGAAAAGGCUUAGGAUAAUCGAGGGGACAGCUGAAGGUUUGGAAUACCUUCACAACGACUGCCAAGUUCGAAUCAUUCAUAGAGACAUCAAACCUAGUAACAUCUUACUAGACUCAAAAUAUCGUCCCAAAAUUGCAGAUUUUGGUCUCGCCAGGUUUAAUAUCAGGGAAAAAGGAAGUGCACCUCUUGUCAUUGCAGGCACAUUCGGAUACAUGGCUCCCGAGUACCUUGCUCAAGGACAAUUAACAGACAAAGUGGAUGUUUAUAGCUUUGGAGUUCUUAUCCUAGAAAUAGUAAGCGGACGGGAGAUAAACAAAUUUCCAGCUGAUGACACUCUAGACACCAUUGUAACCAUUGUAAUUUCCCUCACAACACUGUCUGUCGGAUUUACUUCUAGAGUUGUAAAAAAAUAUUUACACAAUCAGGUUAUUUAUAAGGCUUGGAAACAUUUCAAGGAGAAAAGGGCAUCUCGAAUAAUAGAUUUGAGCAUGGAGAUAGAAGAUGUGGAUGAAGUACUAAGGGUAGUUCAAAUUGCCCUGCUAUGUACUCAAGAGUCACCUAUUAUGCGUCCAGAUAUGACAACAAUUAUUAAACUACUUACACAAGAAAAAAUAGAAGUGCCCGUUCCAUCAAAGCCUCCUUUCAUUGAGGAUUCAUUUCAUGGUUCUGAACGAGAUGGCUCUAUUAUUCAUCGGCUUCAUCCCUCUGGAUCAUCAGUUGAUUCUUGCAGAUAUUAUGACACUCAACAAGAUAAUGGCUCUUCUCAUCGGCAUCAUCCCUCUGCAUCGAUUGAUUCUUAUUAUGACACGGAAAGUGUUUUAGGAUGA